AGCGCGAGUUCCGAGCGACCCGGAGCAGCGCUGCGGAUACAAAGGCGCCGGGCCGAGCCGGGCGCCCCCGAGCCCACCCGGCAGGUCGCAGCGGCGGGAGCGCCGCUUGAUUUUCUCUGAGAAAAGCCCACCCUUCCAGCAAAAUAGAGUCCCUCAGGGUGACGGUUGACUUCCUAAAGGUGCCUCUUGGCCUGAAGAAGCCGGUGCUGAAGGAGGUGGCUGUGGGGCCCCCCAAAAGGCCCCAGCCUGCGGCCCUGGAGCGCUACAAGGCGCGGCGUUCCGACGCCAUGGACACCGAGUCCCAGUACUCGGGCUACUCCUACAAGUCGGGCCACUCCCGCAGCUCCCGCAAGCACAGGGACCGUCGGGACCGACACCGCUCGAAGAGCCGAGAUGGGAGCCGUGGGGACAAGUCGGUCACAAUCCAGGCUCCAGGAGAGCCCUUGCUGGACAAUGAGUCUACGCGGGGGGAUGAGCGGGACGACAACUGGGGAGAAACCACCACGGUAGUCACGGGUACCUCGGAGCACAGCAUCUCCCACGAUGACCUCACACGAAUCGCCAAGGACAUGGAGGACAGUGUUCCCCUGGACUGCUCCCGUCACCUGGGUGCGGCUGCAGGGGCCACUCUGGCGCUGCUCUCCUUCCUCACCCCGCUGGCUUUCCUGCUGCUACCCCCACUGCUGUGGCGGGAUGAGCUGGAGCCGUGCGGGACGGCCUGCGAGGGCCUCUUCAUUUCGGUGGCCUUCAAGCUGCUCAUCCUGCUGCUGGGCAGCUGGGCUCUGUUCUUCCGCCGGCCCAAGGCCUCGCUGCCCCGGGUCUUCGUGCUGCGCGCCCUGCUCAUGGUGCUCGUCUUCCUGCUCGUGGCCUCCUACUGGCUCUUCUACGGUGUGCGCAUCCUGGACGCCCGGGAGCGCAGCUACCAGGGCGUGGUGCAGUUCGCGGUGUCACUGGUGGACGCCCUGCUCUUCGUGCACUACUUGGCCGUGGUCCUGCUGGAGCUGCGGCAGCUCCAGCCCCAGUUCACGCUCAAGGUCGUGCGCUCCACGGACGGGGCCAGCCGCUUCUACAACGUUGGCCAUCUCAGCAUCCAGCGCGUGGCAGUGUGGAUCCUGGAGAAGUAUUACCAUGACUUCCCUGUCUACAACCCUGCCCUCCUCAACCUGCCCAAGUCCGUCCUGGCCAAGAAAGUGUCUGGCUUCAAGGUGUAUUCUCUCGGAGAGGAAAACAGCACCAACAACUCCACGGGCCAGUCUCGGGCUGCGAUCGCAGCAGCGGCCCGGCGGCGGGACAACAGCCACAAUGAGUACUACUACGAAGAAGCUGAACACGAGCGCAGGGUGCGCAAGCGCAGGGCCAGGCUCGUCGUAGCCGUGGAGGAGGCCUUCACUCACAUCAAGCGACUGCAGGAGGAGGAGCAGAAGAACCCAAGGGAGGUGAUGGAUCCCCGGGAGGCAGCCCAGGCCAUCUUUGCAUCCAUGGCUCGUGCCAUGCAGAAGUACCUUCGGACCACCAAGCAGCAGCCUUACCACACCAUGGAGAGUAUCCUGCAGCACCUGGAAUUCUGCAUCACUCACGACAUGACCCCCAAGGCUUUCCUGGAGCGGUAUCUGGCAGCUGGACCCACCAUCCAGUACCACAAGGAACGCUGGCUGGCCAAACAGUGGACACUGGUGAGCGAGGAGCCGGUGACCAAUGGGCUUAAGGAUGGCAUCGUUUUCCUCUUAAAACGCCAGGACUUCAGCCUGGUGGUCAGCACCAAGAAGGUGCCCUUCUUCAAACUCUCCGAGGAAUUUGUGGAUCCCAAGUCACACAAGUUUGUCAUGAGGCUGCAAUCGGAGACCUCAGUGUGAUCAUGCAACUGCAGGGGAGUGGGAGACUCGGGGGCUUCUGCGGGGCCGGAGAGGGGCUUGGUUCUCAGGCCCAGCCACGUUCCCGCUGCCCUUUUCCCUCUUGCUCUUGUUUUUUUACUUGAAUUAACUCACCCCUCACCCUGCCUCCUUCCCUCUUCCUUAUUUUGCCCACGUGAACCUGGAGAGAUCAUCCUGCUGUUAACAGUACCUGGGAA